AUGAACGUCCUUUCCAUGACCGAAAUGGCCGUCGCCAUCAUGGUAGUCUCGUUGCCGUCGAUGAGAUCUUUCCUACGACGCGGCAGCCUCUUCUCCUCGAACAAGAAAUCGCACUCUUCUGGGUCUCGCACAUAUGGACACCAAACACCAGCAUCCGGGUCGCACAACUUUUUGCGUCCUUCCAGAAGAGGCAAGCACACCGCCCGCGUGCAUACAGAUGAAGACUCGGGCAGCGAAGUAGAGCUGAACACCAUGUCAAGGAAAGAUGUCAUCUACGAGACGCGCCGCGUUAGCGUGCAGUUUUCAAAGUCGCCUGAUGAGGAACACGAGAUUUCUGCCAAGUACCCAUGA